UUCAUGAAACGAAACUCAAGCUAGAGAAGAGGAAAUGAACAACAUUCAGAGACACGGAGCAACCUUUGUCUGAAUACCAGUCAUUAAAAGCCAGAAGAGCUCGUCGCUGAUAGCCAGACGAGUAACGAUGUGAUUGAUAUGAUGCAUCAAAUCCCUUGUCCUAUGUUCAAGUUGAUACUGGCAAUCCCAGUGAGUGACGUGGAUUUGUGCUUUCUUGUAUUUGGGCGUUGAUUUGGAGAAUUUCUUAGGCUGAGCCAUGGAUGAGAUUUUCAAGUCAGAGGUUAUUGUUGUAGUGAUGGAAAAAGAAGAAGGAGUUUCCUUUCAAGAUUUUUCUGGACUCUUCCACCAGGUCCAUGGAUACCAGCUUAAGCUGAUAAACUAUGGGUACAAAUCAUUAAAAGACUUGCUGAAUGACAUGAAAAAUGAAGUUGAGAUACUGAAUGUUAAUGGGCAGCAACUGAUAAAAUGUCGACCACCUCGUCCACUUAAUGUGAUAGCUCCGAGCACGGAUAUUUCAUCCCAGAAAAAUGAACCUUUCAUGACAGAGCCUUGCAGUGCAUCAUCAAAUAAAUGCUGGCCUCAGUCAGGGGAUAAUCUACUUGAUGAGUUUCCGAAAGCGCAACCAUCAUGCAAACCAAAAGAACCAAGAAUAAGAUGUCACAAGUUGUUGCCUCCUGCAAAACAAAGCACACUACAAUCUCAGGACUAUUCGACCAGUGAAGUUUCCUGUACCGAACACACAUGCCAUACAAGAAAGCAAAUGCCGUCAAAUGAAAUUGUUGAAAUCAUUUCCCAAAAAAUGAGAAGUCACCAUACAGGACUGAGAGCUGAAAAACUGAGACAGUACAUCCUAGGACAACAUAAGAUUGAUUUGGAACUUCAUAGCCAAGAGCUAGGAUAUACAGACAUGCUGAGCAUGUUGAUAGAGAUACCAGUCAUUAAAUUUCGAAAUACCUCAGGAAAAGACAUUAUAAUUGAAUCAAAUCUAUUUGAGGAUCAGGACCUGCCUUCAGCAAAAGUAGAACUUUGUAAUGCUGGUCCUUCCUCCACUUCAAGGUUAUCACCAUCAGCUAAAGAUUCAGCACAACCUGAUGUUUCCAGCAAUAAGAAAAAUGCUAACCAAGAACAUUUAGGCAGUAUAGCAAGUCCAUCUCAGAAAAACAACCCCAUCAUUUCAGAGAUUUGCACUGCAUAUUUACAUGAUCCGGGUUCUAAGACAGGGGAUAAUCUACUUGAUGAGUUUCCGAAAGCGCAACCAUCAUGCAAACCAAAAGAACCAAGAAUAAGAUGUCACAAGUUGUUGCCUCCUGCAAAACAAAGCACACUACAAUCUCAGGACUAUUCGACCAGUGAAGUUUCCUGUACCGAACACACAUGCCAUACAAGAAAGCAAAUGCCGUCAAAUGAAAUUGUUGAAAUCAUUUCCCAAAAAAUGAGAAGUCACCAUACAGGACUGAGAGCUGAACAACUGAGACAGUACAUCCUAGGACAACAUAAGAUUGAUUUGGAACUUCAUAGCCAAGAGCUAGGAUAUACAGACAUGCUGAGCAUGUUGAUAGAGAUACCAGUCAUUAAAUUUCGAAAUACCUCAGGAAAAGACAUUAUAAUUGAAUCAAAUCUAUUUGAGGAUCAGGACCUGCCUUCAGCAAAAGUAGAACUUUGUAAUGCUGGUCCUUCCUCCACUUCAAGGUUAUCACCAUCAGCUAAAGAUUCAGCACAACCUGAUGUUUCCAGCAAUAAGAAAAAUGCUAACCAAGAACAUUUAGGCAGUAUAGCAAGUCCAUCUCAGAAAAACAACCCCAUCAUUUCAGAGAUUUGCACUGCAUAUUUACAUGAUCCGGGUUCUAAGACAGAGUUUACCAGGAAAGUUAACCACACACAAACAAUCUCCUCUCAUGAAGAUCCAACGCCUAUCUUGACGGUUGAUGGUAAUGCAGAAAAGAAAAAUAACCCUAAUACAACACAGAAGUACAACAACUCACAGCCUAAGCCACCAAACAAACACCAAUUGUUCUUGAACAAAGUUGCUGAUGUUUUGAGGGUGUUUCCUUCAGGACUAAGGAUUGAAAAGUUGAAGCAACAUGUCCUUAACACUCAUCACAUUGACUUAGAAGCAUUAAGCAAAGAGCUUGGGUAUAAUGAUAUGCCAAGCAUGCUAAAGCAAGUACCAGGCAUCGCAUCUUUAAAUGGUGAUGUUUUCUUUGCUUCAGUUAUUCCUAAGUCGAAAGAAAAACUUAAACAAGUCAAAAAAGUCAAAUUCUCUGAGAAACUUUUGGUUGAUUUUUUAAAAAAGUUUCCUUUUGGGCUGAAAGUUGAUAACUUAAGGCGGCACAUAACAAAUCAAUACAAAAUUGAUUUGAUGAAAUAUAGCCAAGAAAAGGGCUCUACAGGUAUGGUUGACAUGUUGCAAAAGGUACCAGGCAUUACCGUUUUAAACAAAGACCUUAUUAUUGCUUCAGAUUUUUAUAAAAUGUCUAACAGUAAAUCGAAUGCCACCAUUAAAACCACACCUGUCAAAUGUCCAAUUAGUGCUACCCCUGGUGUGAAAAAAAGUCUUAAGGUAAAAAUAAAGACACCAAAGGUCAGUCAGGUUGUCACAAAACCUAGUGCCACAAGGCCAACUGGAACCAGUCAACAAAUAUCUCUACCUACUCACCAUAAUCCAUUUACAAAUGCAAUGAUAAACAGCCCUCAAAAUGUGCGUCAACAAAUAUUUCUACCUGCUUGCCAGAUUCCAAUAACAAAUGCAACGAUUAACAGCCCUCAAAAUGUGCAUCAGGGAUUACGUCCAAAUAUUUCCUAUGCUUCAGCCUGUGCAAGUAAUUUGAGGACGGAUCAGGUUAAUGUGCAGAGUCUACAGUGCCCUCCAACCUUCAAUGGGCAGAAAGCUCACACUGUCAAAAUAGCACAUCCUAAUCUCAAGGAAGCGCCCAAAGAUGUAAUCCAAAGUUCCAACAUCAAAGAUAAACUUAAGCUACUAUUGAAGUCUCAUUCCAAUGGACUGUCCAUCUUCCAGCUGAAAAAAUUAUUUCUUCUUAAGUUCCAACAACCACUUGCUUGCCGGGGAGCUUCAGUGAGAAAAAUCUUGAAGAAUGUGGAGGAUGUAGCAAACAUAAAAGGGGUAGGAGUCCAAAUGAAGGUGUUUCCAGUAGUUUCAGAAGACAAUCCAUCAGCAAACAUAUGUAGUGACUCCACACCACAAGGAGCUGCUGUUUCAAGUCCUUUGUCUAUAAAGAACAAUACAGAGCACAUAAAACACAGUGUACCAGUGCUCCUAUCCAGGCAACAGCCUUCCUCUUCUGGAUACAGUCAUACAGAGUUAACCGGGGGACACAUUCCAAUGUCUAGCUCGGGAGAUUUUAGUCACAAACAGACCAUUUGUCACACCACUGAUUAUCUUCAUCCUGCUGGAGAUGCAGAAAACACCCGUGAUGCCCAAUGGCCUUUAUUACCUCAGAAGUUUAACAUUUUAAAAGAGAUCAAACAGAGAGCCAAGGUGUCUGAUCAACUACCUGAAAAUAUCCCAAACAAUGAUCUUUGCCUCAAACCGAAUCCAACUGCAACAUCCCAGCCUCAGGGGAAGGACAAUAGUGCACAAAGCUUGUUAGAAGCACACCAGGUUCCAUCUAAAACCCCCUGCAAAAUUGAUGAUAGACAAGAGCCUCAGACUUCAGAUCUAGUUCUUCCCAUACAACAACCAGGCUUUUCUUUUGUAUUGGAAGAGACGGGCUUCUCUUUUUUGAUGGGAGAGACAAACGUAGAUAAAGACAAAAAAUCCAUGGAAAUGGCCUUGGUUGGUCCUCCUCCUAACACGUUCAAAGAUUCAACACAAGUAGUUUCUGAGCUUUCUGGAAUAGAGGCAAAAAGGAAUACACAUGCUACACAAAACCAGUCUGCUCAUUGCAACAUGGCUGCUCCAGAGGCUAGGAAACAUUCUGUAAAUGUUUUACCGCAACAAUUGAUGGCUGAUUUCAGUUCAAAAAAGGUGCCGCAACAAACAGACACUCAUCUUGUGACUUCUGGAUUUUCAACUCCAAACCAGAAAAGUAACGAUUCCCAGUCACAACAAGGCCCAACCCAUAACAUUUUGGAGCCAAAAAGACAACCGGUGACACCAGCACAAACAUGUUUUACAUCUUUGCAGGCACAGGGCAUACCGCCUAGCUCUACCACUGUGCAAAUGGUAUCUAUGCCUCCUAAAGAACAGGAAACAUCCAGUUCCAAAAGUGUUUGUGAAUUUGAGCAAAGAUGGUCUACACCGUUGCCAUCAAAGCAGGAAGCGGCUAAGUCAAAUCCAAAUAAUAAAAGUGGUUUGACUGGGUCUCCUAACUCACAGUCCCCAGAAAAGGCUCCUAUUUCAAAAACCAAAAUGAACACUGGAAAUCAGCAUGUACCCACAGAAAAGAACCUUACAGGGGUACAGACAGCUACCAAUGGUAGACAAGCAUCUCCUCCAGAAUCACAAAUUCAACAAGAGCCAAUGAACCCUUCUGUAGACACCAUUGGAGAUCCUAUAUCAGACACACUACACAAAGAUGUCGAAUUAAAUGCUGUCAAUGGACACAUUUUAAAAACGCAAAAGAAAGAACAUUUACAAACCACACCAGCACAAACAUGUUUUAGAUCUUUGCAGGCACAGGGCAUACCGCCUAGCUCUACCACUGUGCAAAUGGUAUCUAUGCCUCCUAAAGAACAGGAAACACCCAGUUCCAAAAGUGUUUGUGAAUUUGAGCAAAGAAGGUCUACACCGUUGCCAUCAAAGCAGGAAGCGGCUAAGUCAAAUCCGAAUAAUAAUAGUGGUCUGACUGGGUCACCGUUGCCAUCAAAGCAGGAAGCGGCGAAGUCAAAUCCGAAUAAUAAUAGUGGUCUGACUGGGUCACCGUUGCCAUCAAAGCAGGAAGCGGCUAAGUCAAAUCCAAAUAAUAAUAGUGGUCUGACUGGGUCACCGUUGCCAUCAAAGCAGGAAGCGGCUAAGUCAAAUCCAAAUAAUAAUAGUGGUCUGACUGGGUCACCGUUGCCAUCAAAGCAGGAAGCGGCGAAGUCAAAUCCGAAUAAUAAUAGUGGUCUGACUGGGUCACCGUUGCCAUCAAAGCAGGAAGCGGCUAAGUCAAAUCCAAAUAAUAAUAGUGGUCUGACUGGGUCACCAUUGUCAUCAAAGCAGGAAGCGGCGAAGUCAAAUCCGAAUAAUAAUAGUGGUCUGACUGGGUCACCGUUGUCAUCAAAGCAGGAAGCGGCAAAGUCAAAUCCGAAUAAUAAUAGUGGUCUGACUGGGUCACCGUUGCCAUCAAAGCAGGAAGCGGCUAAGUCAAAUCCAAAUAAUAAUAGUGGUCUGACUGGGUCACCGUUGCCAUCAAAGCAGGAAGCGGCGAAGUCAAAUCCGAAUAAUAAUAGUGGUCUGACUGGGUCACCGUUGCCAUCAAAGCAGGAAGCGGCGAAGUCAAAUCCGAAUAAUAAUAGUGGUCUGACUGGGUCACCGUUGCCAUCAAAGCAGGAAGCGGCGAAGUCAAAUCCGAAUAAUAAUAGUGGUCUGACUGGGUCACCGUUGCCAUCAAAGCAGGAAGCGGCUAAGUCAAAUCCGAAUAAUAAUAGUGGUCUGACUGGGUCACCGUUGUCAUCAAAGCAGGAAGCGGCGAAGUCAAAUCCGAAUAAUAACAGUGGUCUGAUUGGGUCACCUAAAUCACAGUCCCCAGACAAGGCUCCUAUUUCAAAAACCCAAAUGAACGCUGGAAAUCAGCAUGUACCCACAGAAAAGAACCUUACAGGGGAACAGACAGCUAGCAAUGGUAGACAAACAUCUCCUCCGGAAUCACAAAUUCAACAAGAGCCAAUGAACCCUUCUGUAGACACCAAUGGAGAUCCUAUAUCAGACACACUACACAAAGAUGUCGAAUUUAAUUCUGUCAAUGAACAAAGUUUAAAAACGCAAAAGAAAGAACAUUUACAAACCAGAGAUGGGGUUUUUGGAGCAAAAACGCCACCUUCAUCAUCUCAACAGAAUGCUAAUACCAGCCAUGUUUACACACAUGAGCCAACAGUAACUUUUCAAGUACAACCAAAAGUCCCUGAUCCGCAUACAAGUUCAUCAAUGGAGCAGAUCAGAUCCUCACCUAGAGAACACCACUACUAUAAUGGCGCUGCUGGUACGGCACCCGAGCAACAAGUUUCACAUUGGGAUCAUAGUGCUCCUCCUGUUCUGUCUGGACAGCCGAUUACACCAAAUAACCAGCAGGACAGUUCAGACAACAGUUCAGAAGAAAGCACGAAAACAUGGCAGACAGAAAGUAAUACUAAUUGCUGCAUAUUAUGAUUUCCCUCCAGUGUCUAUCCAAAUGAACUCAAAACUUUCUAAAUUUAGGUGGUUUUGAAAAAUGUAAGAGGGGUGUAAAAUUUAAUUAAACAAAGUCAGCAAAUAUGGACUUUGUUAAAGUAUAACUUUUUAUUUGGAUAGAGCAGAGAGGAAUUAAAGCACCUGCCAUGUAUUUAUUGCUGUCUGUGUUACCUUUAGGGAGAUUUACCUUUUCAAUUUGCCCUUUUUACCAUUAUCUCUGAAAGUAAAAUCACACACUUUGGGUUGUCUCCAGAAAAGGAAAAGAGGAGAAACCUUCCAAUGGGGAUUAGUUCUAGUGAUAACCAAGGAUUUAGAGGGAUUUUCCCUCGCUUCCUGCCUUGGCUAUUGGAUAGGAAGAGAAGGAAAAUCUCCCCAAUAGGACACAGGUGGCAAAAAAUCAGACGGGGUUAUAACGCCUCCCCAUACUCUAGCCAAAAUGAAAAAAAAAAAAAAAAAAA